GGGUUAAAUUACACGGAGUGCAUGAGAAAACACAGAGGUGUUGAUCUCACUGAGUAGGCGUCUGCAGAUCCUGAGCAGUUUGCACGCUGCCUGGUUGAGUUGCGGAGCCUGUACAAGUUAACAAGUUGUACAUGUUCUUUUCAAACAGCACCAUUCUUUUGCUGUGUGUGCUGUCAACUGAAUGCUGGGAGUCGGUUUACUAAUCUUCCUCUUAAAAGCAAGCUCUUUAAGGAGCGCACAGCAGAAGGGAGAGGAGAAACAGCACGCAUCGAGACCGAGAAUGAUUCUUGUGUGGAAAGACGGAGCGGCGUGACCGAGACGCGGCUGAGCCUGGGCUCCGCAGGACUGAGCGGUCAUGCAGCCCGCGGAGCGCGGAGCCGCUGCGCUGCACAGAGGCAGCCCGAGUCGCGCAAGCGGGGGACUGCCAGCACCCUGGGAUGUGGCGCUUCUCCCCAGCGCAUAGAGCGACUGGCCGCAGUCACUGCUGAGAGCGGAGAGGGCUUCAAGUUCUCAGAUAUGAAAAGGACUACAAAACAUUUCAAGGUUUUGGACCCAAAUGUCAAGUCCGAAGGAGGCUAACUCUGUCAAGGAUCAGCAGUGUGUGACGAGCUAGCAAUACAGUGGGAGUCCUGCAUGAUAAACCUGCUGGGUAUUUCCGAUGUCUCUCUGUGCUGCAUGAUUUUAAAUUGGCCCUUGCCUGGCUGAAAGCAAAAUGAUGAGCUAUGCCAUCAUCUGAUAUCCAAGCAUGGAUGGAGUCAGCCAGAAGAGCAACGCAAGUUAAUGAGACUAUUGCUCUUGUAUUUGGAGCUUAGGACAAGCAAUUACAGAAGGAUUACUUUGACUUUUUCAACAUAGCAUAUUUACUGGAGACGUAAGCAUCACUGUUCCAAGUUUAAGACAUUGUGUUUUUCGGGAUUUUGGUAUUAUUUCUCUAUAUUAUUUUUUUUUUUUUAUCCCUUUGUGUUUCCAGAAGUUGAACAACAACAACAAAAAAAAUAAUACUGAUUCCCUCCAUCUUUAAGAGAUGGAGUUUCAGACGCGUCUGUGGAAUAAAGACUGGGUGUCCUUUUUAAAAUCAUGGAUAACCAUUCUCUUAGGUCUCCAUAUUCAGUUUUAUCGGGCAGCUUCUUGUCCACAAGAGUGCCGUUGUGACAAAACUUUUGUUUAUUGUAAUGAGCGGAGCUUGACGUCAGUGCCUCUUGGAAUACAGGAGGGUUACAAGACUCUCUACCUCCACAAUAACCAAAUCAACAAUGCUGGAUUUCCUGUUGAGCUGCACAAUAUUGUUUCCGUGGACACGGUAUACCUGUAUGGGAACCAGCUUGAUGAGUUCCCCAUGAACUUGCCCAGAAAUGUACGGGUGCUCCACUUACAGGAAAAUAAUAUUCAGACUAUCUCUAGAGCAGCUCUUGCCCAGUUGUUAAAACUAGAAGAGCUGCAUCUAGACGAUAAUUCCAUCUCCACUGUUGGAAUUGAAGAGGCUGCAUUUCGGGAAGCCAUUAGCCUUAAACUUUUAUUUUUGUCUAAAAACCAUUUAAGCAGUGUGCCAAUUGGUCUGCCACUUGAUCUCAUCGAGAUCAGACUUGAUGAAAACAGAAUUGCUACCAUUUCUGACCAAGCAUUUCAAAAUGUGACAAAGCUUGAACGCUUAAUUUUAGAUGGCAAUCUUUUGACUAAUGAGGGUAUAGCCAGGGGAACCUUCAAGCCUUUGGCUAAGCUAGUAGAACUUGCAAUGGCUCGGAAUUCCCUCACGGUACCUCCACCUGACCUUCCUGGAGACUUGUUAGAGCGACUCAGCUUGCAGGAUAAUCAGAUGACAGAGAUCCCAGUAGCAACCUUUUCCAAUCUGCAACAGCUGCAGAAACUGGAUAUUUCAAAUAACCUUCUGCAGUCGCUCACACCUGGGGUCUUUGAUGGGCUUACCAACUUGAAACAGCUCACUGUUCGAAACAACUUGUGGUUCUGUGAUUGCAACAUUAAGUGGGUCACCGAUUGGCUAAAAUCUUUACCGUCAACAUUAAAUGUCCGUGGGUUCAUGUGCCACAAGCCCGAGAGAGUUCGGGGUAUGGUAAUCAGAGAGCUCAAUAUGAAUUUAAUCAUGUGCCCCAGCACUACAGCGUCAUUAAGUCCAUCUUCAACCACUCCCAGUUUCCUCACCACUCUUGGUACCUCUCCCGUUUCCUCGACAGCUGUUGCAUUUCCUGGCAAUUCUGACCUGCUUCCACCUUCAGGUACAACAACUUCGACAAGUUCCCCACCGCCUAAAGUCGAGAAUGAAAGAAGGACUAACGUGCCUCCACAGGAUGUAAUUCAGAUCUCUUUUACUUUUGUAAACGACUCGUGCGUUCAAGUCAGUUGGACGUCUGUUUUUUUAGUGACAGCCUUCAAGGUCACGUGGGUUAAAAUGGGUCACAGCUUGAUGGGGGAUAUUGUACAAGAGAAGGUGGUCGGCGGGGAGCAUCAGAGGAUAAGCCUGGUAAACUUGGAGCCAAAAUCCACAUAUCGCAUUUGUAUAAUCCCCUUAGAUGCUUUUAAUAACUAUCGUCCAGGAGAUGAUACUGUAUGUUCGGUGGCCACCACUAAACCUGCUGCUUUUAAUUCUAACAAUAAGGCUUCGGGGCCAGAGCAAGCUACUCAACAGAACCCAAACUCUCCCUUCCUCCUGGCAGGUUUAAUAGGAGGUGCUGUAAUCAUCGUCCUGGUUGUUUUGCUGAGCAUAUUCUGUUGGCACAUGCACAAGAAAGGAGGUUAUGCCUCCUCUAAGUGGAAAUACAACCGAGGGCGCAGAAAAGAUGACUACUGUGAAGCUGGAACUAAAAAGGAUAAUUCUAUCCUGGAAAUGACUGAAACAAGUUUUCAGAUAGUGUCUCUGAAUAAUGAACAGUUUAUGAAAGGAGAUUUCAGAAUACAACCCCUGUAUGCACCAAAUGGAGGGAUUGGCUUCAGAGACUGUCAUAUAGGGAACAACGUUACAUACUGCAAGGGAAGCGUUCCAGAUGUAGAAUUCUGCCACACAUGAUAAUUUGCCUCUUUGUAAUAAUUACUACAUUUGAUAUGUGUGUAUGUGUGUGUGUGUGUGUGUGUGCGUGCGUGUGCAUGUGUGUAUGUGCAUAUGUAUAAUAUACAUUUACACACACACACAUAUAUAUAUAUAUAUAUAUAUAUAUAUAUAUAUAUAUAAAUAUAUAUAGUAUAUAUGGUUUCUCAGCUUUGUCUGCUGUCUAAUUUAUACUGUGGACUAUACCUUGGACAAACUGCUAUCUUUUCUAUAACUUAGUAAAAAAAAAAAAAGGUAAAAAGAAAAAAAAUAAUAAAUUUUAUAUUUUGUUGGUUUUCAAGUAUUGCUAUAUAUGAAUUUUUACAGUAAGACCUCCCUAGCUUCUUCUAAUAUAUUAUGUUUUUCUGCUGAAACGUAAGAAAUGCAUUGCAUUUUUGAACCACAGAAGCAUCGUGUGCCUUUACGCCGGACAGUAAAUGGUAACAUCACUGGUGAAAAAAAAUUUAGCAGUCAUUUAUCCCUCAGUUUUUGCCAAAGCAGUAAAUGUUAAUAAUCUUUUGAUUUGCUACAUUAGAUCGAACGUUGGGCCUGCGUCAUUCUGACAGCUUCGCUUCUUUGAAUGUGUGAGCUGGCUGUGAAUGAGACUUAGCACCAUCACAUUCUCCACAUGUAACUGAAAAAAUGCCUAGGACAUGUACAUAGGACACAUCUAGACAUGUAAGCGUCAUGGGCCACCAGGUGGCAUCUGUUAUUGAUCUGUGGGAAGGAAGCAGUAAUCUCACACCGGAGCUUUCAAUCACGGGGCAGGAAAGAGUCAUGAUGAUGAGCAGCUGGCAAUUAAAGAGCCAGAAAACAAGCAACGUUACGACCGUAUACUUUUAUGAAACGGGAAGCAAGGCGUGGAAUCCACUGUCUGAGGAUCAUUCCACUAUCGUGAGAGUUAAAAGCUCUUUAAACAAAGCAGUCGCUCCUGUCACUUCAUCAAUCUGGAGCUUUUAAGAAAUUAGUUACUGCAAACAUUACUCUACUGUCCAGUUACUGCCUGCAUUUAUUCACCCUAAUACACACCACAAACAAAACUGUCCAUUAAAUUAAUGCUGCUUAAAAGCAAAAGCAAAAAAAAAAAAACAAUCUCCAGUCUUCAAUGCACAUUAUAGUUUUAUCUCUGGCACAUGUCGUCAACCCCAAUAUCUUUAUUAUUAAAUAGGAAACACAUUUAUUUGAUUUGCUCAAAAGAAGAUGAUACUAAAGAAUCUGUGAAAUUAAAAAUGUGUCUGAAUGUGUAGUGUGCUGCAAAGGGAAAUGCUGAUUAAAAGAAACGGCUUAGCACAGACAAAGAGAAAUAUGGAGUAUAGUCAUAAGUCUGGAGCGUGUCCUAUAAAGGAGGCUAUUUUAAUUAAUUAACUGUAGCCACCGUGUUGAUCACAUACAUCCCUUUUGAUCUUUUAAAAGAUAAGAAAAUAAUUGUGUUUAUAUUAAGAAACAGAAUUUCAGCGUGUUCAUUUGAAGAUCUAUUUAAUGAUCACUGGCUUGCACAUUUUAAUCACCUUGCACUGAGUGUGUGUGUGUGUGUGUGUGUGCUCCCUUUUUUUAAUGUUUACUCACACAAAGGAAGACAGUCAACCCUCAGUAAUUUAUGCCUCUUUUACAGGGGGACAAUGUCCCACUAUGCUGACUGUUGGCAGCACUGGAAGAGGUAAUGUGUUACACUGCCAAAAUGUGUACAGAAGUCCUUUCCUUUGCAAAAUAUUGGCUGUAAUUGGAAGGCAGCCUUGAAGGGACCAAGUGACUGUUAAUUGGAUCACAUUCCCUGAAGUUCUGCCAGUUAGGGACUAUGUAAGCUAAAAUUCUAAAGCAGAAGUGGAUGACUUAAAAAUAAUAAUAAACAGCAAAUCUCAUAGGAGUUGCACCUGGCUAAUGAAGUCGUAAACUGAAUGGAGCAGCACAGCAAACAUUGUUAAAUUUAAUUCAAAAACGGAUUUUAUUUUUAAUUUAGGAAACAGCUGCCUCUUUCAUUUGCAGUGUUUCUUCAUUUUAACAUUUGUUUAUAAAUAUUGAUUAAAGAACAGGCUCAGUAUAAUUCUUGAAACUGUACGGCAAAUUUUCUUUUUUUCCUUUCUUUAUUAACAGGGGCUUUAUGGCUGACUAGCACUUGAUGCUUUCACACAAGCAGCUUCUCUGCCCCCUAGUGGUCCAACGUGAUUAGUUUCUAUGCAGGGAUCAGCCUUGCAUUUCUUCUCUUCCAUACCAUAUAUCCAUACCACAAAUGUCACCACACAUGAAAAUGCACAAACGUGUGUAGUGUACUGUAUGUAGCUUGAUUGGCAAAGAUUUAUAACAAAAUAAACACUUCCGAUUGGGAAAUUUAUAUGUCAAAAUCCAGACAGUGCUUGUUUUUGAAUAUUAGGAAAAGAUAUUAAAAUGAAAAGCUAAUACAGAUAUGGACAUACAUUAUUUACUUUACUUUAAAAAGUGUUUGUGCUCAAGUGGCUGUUUUAGUUUUAACAAAAGAUCGCAUCGGUGUUGAGGCAGCCUUGAUUUUCACUAUAUUUAGUCAUUGAAAUGCUGACUAAAGCAUGUGGGUUUAUCAUUUGAAACUUUACCCUCAUGUAGGGCGGUUGUUUAUUCUUCAGUAAUAAUGUUACAAAAAUAGUCUUUUUUUUAUUUUUUAUUUUGGUUGCUUGGUUUCAGCACCAAAAUGAAAUUGGAGAAGUGCACUAAUCAUAACCGGUUUUAUGGAAAAGUAUGAUUUUUUUUUUUCAAAAGAGUGGUCAGCAUUUCCACGUAUUACUGUCGUCACCAUCAAGUUAUAAUUUCUACGUCACGCACAUGCAUCACUUUAGACUGUUAUGUGGGCAAGAGGUUAGUAGUGCAAUGAAUGAUGGGUGCCGAAAUUCAAAAAGACACCUUGACAUGUAAUUGCACAAUUUUGAAACGUGUACAGUGCUCCAUUUCAGAAAAGCACAGAUGCUGGCAAAAGCAGAAGCUGCAAAGCAUGGGCCUGCUUUUAAACCCAAUGCCGUGGCACUCGAAUCAUUUGGAUUUCUUUAUUCUAGCUACUAAGCAGACACACUGGACCAAAGUGUUUUAGACGUUAAGAAGAAUUUGGGCAGCCAGUCCUUCUGUGGUAAUUGAGAAAUUAAUUGUCUGCAUUUCGGUUUUGUAGGCUUUUAAAUAAAGAUGUUGAGCCAUUAAGGAGGGGAUAGGAAAGUGUCAGAUGCUGGAUGAUUACAGUCCUCACUACCUGGGUUAGAAAUUGGAGUUCAUUUUUCAAAAUGUAUGCAUACGGUCCAUAUCAAAGACUCUGCACACUUCUUCAGAUGACAAAUCUUGCUGAAUAUCUUAGAAAGUCAGUGUUGUGUGUGUGUGUGUGUGUGUGUGUGUGUGAAUGGAGUCCAUUUGUAGAAUGCUCUUUUAUGACAGGAACAUGGACACACUGUGUCAUCUGACUAAUUACUGGCCCACCCCUGUGCAGCCCCAUCUCCCUUCACGUGACUAAUGUUUUAAUGUUGUGACUUAAGCGUUCUUAUUUCAAGUUGUACAAAAUGUGGUACUUAACGUAAAUUCGACGCUUCUAUGUUAACUCAUGGUUCGGCUUCUUUUCUGCAGCUGGGAGGUUUAAGAUUCAGAUUUUAAAUGCAAUUUUUCGAGUCAAUAAAUAUGUUUAAUUCUUUGACUUUCUAGUCCAAGAAUAUAUAUUUUUUGUAAUUAUAAGCACAAAAUAAAACAAUGCAUUUGCAUAUUGAAAAGGACACGCAAGACUUCAUUUCUUCUCAUUGGUUUCUUUUGUGUGACGCUGACUUUCAGUACAGGAAGGUUAAAAACUCUUUUUGUGGAAUUCCAAUGGUGUUAUUUUGUUAGCUUUAAAGGUGCUACCGAUAAAAUGCACUCGGGCAGCUGCCUUUCUUCUCCGGCUCUUUAAUUACAAAUGGCUGUACAGCGCGAAUGGCAGUGCCAUUAAGAUACUAAACAAUGUCUUCAUUAUUGACGUGAAUGCAAAAAUAAAAUCACAGAUUUGAGCCCCUGUCAUGUUGAAAGUUGUUUGCUAAAUCAAAUAGAAUAAGCUGUCCUGUCGCAAGGUUCAGACAGAUUAGGCCACACUUCAAUAAGUUCGGAGUAUUUGGCAAAAUGCAUAGAUUAUUAAUGAUUGAUUAGCCAAAGUUUUUGUUUACAGUCUCUUCUGUGUGCUUUUUUCCUUUUAUGCUGAAAUGUUUGCCAUAUAAGAAUUUACCAAAACUGUUGCUUAGAAUUGAAAUAAGUUUAAGGCUGUGAGGCUUAUUACAUAAUUAUUUUACAAAAAUCCUAAUUAGAAUUAAAAAAAAUCUUUCAUCAUAGGUAGCUGGAAAUACAGUAACAGGCACACGGUGAAAACCAGCCUGGGACAGAAUGCAAGUCUGCAGCCGAUAAUAAAAACGAGAUUAAUUGUUAUGUAUUAAUAUGCCAUUAUCUUGAAGAUUUAUGUAAAUCCUACCAUAAAGACAAUUUUUAAAUUUACAGAAAUCAUAUUUUUACACAACAGACUCACUACACAUUAUUUUUUUCCAAUACCUACUGUAUAUCUUAAAUAUAUAUUUGUAAAAAAAAAUUUUCCUAACCAAGUUAAAAAAUGUAACAACAGUCGGAACAUUUACUACAAUCACUUGAAAACAUGGCGUCGACUGUAAGAAAGGCACCUGAUUGAGAACAUGAGCAGCAUUUCUUGAACAGCCUUUUCCUUUUUUUGGAUUUUGUUUUCUUGUAACUGAUGUAAACUAGCAACCAGCUCUUUUCAUUUUCAUCUAACGGGAACCUAUUAGACAUCGAGUGGAUAAAACAACCUGGCCAAGUAAGUGUGUGUUAAUUGAAUAUAAAACACUGAAUUUAUGUUACGAUUGUAUCUUUCUAUAAGUUUACGUUUUAAAAAGUCCAGGGACCUGGUUCAUAAAAAAAGAAUAUUUUUUACAAUUCAUGAACCAAAGUUUUCUUUGAUCUAUUAAUAUAAAUAAAACACAAAAGAAACACACAAAAAAAAUUGCUGGUGUAUUAUGUAUGUGCCUUGAACUGAAUACACAAUGUUAAGUUCUUGAAACUUCAAUGUUUUUAUUUUGUUUUUUUUUUUGCACAAAAUGUAAAUAGGAACAUUCAGCUUUUUGGAAAUUAUAAUAAAGAGCCAUGGUAUUU